UCGAACUUGUGCCGUUUGCCGUUUUCGUUUUUUUGCUUUCGCAGUCGUCGUCAUUAUUAGUUCUAAAACUGUGAAAAAUUCCAAGUGACUGAUGUAAAAGUGAAAAAUAUGGCGAGUCUUGUGGGCGAACAGCAAAUUUCAUCAAAUAACCAAGAAGCUGAACCAGUUCAGAAAGUCGAUAGUCGAGAAGGCAGUGUCGAACGCAAAGUGAGUAAAGACCGUGACGAGAAGCUAAAGUUGGCACGGGAGCGUCAAAAUGAAGAAAGACAAAGGAAAAUCGAAGAGCUAAAGGCGCAAGCGGAAGCGGCGCAACGAUAUCGCGAACAAAAAGAAGAGGAACGUCGCCGCCGCAUAGAGGAGAUACGACAACGCGACACGGAGAAGCGACACCAAGUCGAAGAACGUAAACGCGCCAUAACCGAGGCGGAAAAGGAGCGCCGCGAAUAUAUAUUGCGGAAGAAUCAGGAACGCGAAUCCCGCUUGGAAACAAAGAAAGGUCCGCGCAGUACAGUGGCCUUUGCUUUCGGCUCGUCGACACCUCGCCUAUUGGAGCCCGAUUUUGGACUGGUAUCGCCAAGCACUUAUCUGGGUCAUCGACGGUCGACGUCGAUCUCUAAUGUUACUGGUGCUUCAUUAUCACGUCGUAGUUCUGAACGUGAACUGACCGACAGUGGUGCCAAGAAGCGUGCAACAUCGGCCGGUGGCACGGAUCGGCAUGAAGAUCAUCGUCGUAAGUCAUCAUCCAUGUAUGAAGUUUUCAAUUGGGGAUACUCGAACGAUGAGCCACCCAAACGUUUUUCCCUCUCCAUUGUGGGCAGUGAAAUCAAUAUUGAUGAUCCCCCAGCUGCCACAGCCACAGUCUCGGCAGGCCAUGUACGCACUUAUACUGCUCAUCAUCAGGCACAUCAGCAUCAGCACGGCAACAACAACAACAACCAAAGUAUAACAAAUACAAGUGGGCACAGACAAAAUGUUGCAAUAGACUCUGCAAGAGCAGCUACAGCAGCAGCAGCAGCAACAACAACCACAAGCACAGCUGGCAAAAGCAGUCAAUCGGCUACAGCAGCAACGACAUUUAAUUACUCUAACGAUAGUGUCGAUAGUCAUGCAACACAAAUUGUGUUUAGAAGUGUAGCCCGCAGAAAAACCGAUUUGAUGCCGACAAUACCCAGCCCCAGGGACGGGCAUUACGGUUCCAGAUCGUCGCUGAGCCACACGCCACGCACCCCAGGACGUGCCUUCUCCAUGAGUCGUCUGGAUCAAUUGGCUCAACCGAUACGCCGCAAUGGCGAGCACAUACGCGCCAUACUCGAGCGUGAGCGUCGCGAACAGAUGGAACUGUUGGACGAAACCGAAUCGCUAGGAGGUGGCCGAAGGCGCGGCAGUAAACCACGUCACGGCAGCGGUAGCAGUAGUGCCGGCGGUGGCAGUGGCAGCGGCCCCAUGUCGCGCAGCAUGACACAUCUGGCCAGCGGGCGCGCCAAAUACACACUCAGCAGCAGCAGUCCUGGUGGCGGUGGCGUUGGCGUCAUGUCAAACAGUUUUCGUCCGCUGAGCGGUGGCCAACGUGAUACCACUUGUAAGAGUUUGACACAGUUAAACAAUUCGUGGUCGAGCGCUACACCGCGCUCUACACUGGGCUUACAAACAGCUGCUACUAGAAAGUAUCUGCAAUCAUCAUUAGCUUCAUCACCAUCAGCGAUUGGGACUAAACGCAGCGAGCAGCUACUAAAUCAUCUUACUAACCCCUACCGUUUCGAUCCAAACUCAUUAUUGAUCAUGAAUUCUAGUUUCUCAAUAACAACAGGUUCACGUUCUGGAAAUGUCACCCCAGGCGGCAACAUCAGCACUUCAAGACCGGGUAGUGCAAUGUCCACAUCCACAAAUUUGUCCACAUCUGGUUACGUGGCUAGAAGAUCCGUACCGGCUACACGUAAGCAACGGCCAGCUAGUAUUGCCGGUACUGGCAUGUCGCUGGAGGACCUAAAUAAACACAAAAAAGAUAAUAGGCCGCCAGUGAAGGCCUCAACACCUUCAUCUACGACAACAUCAGCACAAAAUACCCCCAAACGAACAUCAAAUUUGAUGUCAACCUCAAUGAUUGUGUCAUCGUCUACACGUUUGUCUAGCGCUGAGAAGAAAACACCAGCCAAACGGGAGUCAGUGACACCCAAAGCCUCCACACCCAAAUCGCUUUCAAAAACGUCCAGUUCGGAUCGCUUAAACAGAGCUGGCAAGGAUAUUAUGAGUAAAUCGUUAAUCUCACCAUCUCCAAGUCAGACACUUUCACGUAGUGAAAAGGACAAGACGACUACAAUUGAACGUAAAAAAGAGGAGGCACCUGCUCCUCCGGUGCAAAGCAAAGACGAAAAGAAUUCAUUGAAUAUAGCGAAAUCCGAAGCUGAGACUUCGGCCGAAGUAUUGGCUGCACCCAAUGAGCCAGAAGCAGCAAUAGCCGCUGAAGCAGUAAGCUCAGAGCCUGCAGCAAGUACAGCUGAAAGUGUUGAAGCGGUGGUGCCAGAGGCAACUCUUACCGAAACAAAGACGCAGCAGUUGAUCGACACUGAGUCUGUUGAGUUGAAUCAAGUCAGCACUGCUGCUUUGCCGCCAGUGAAGCAAGAGCAGACGGCAGCUGUACAGCCACAGCCCCAACCACAACCACGCUCACAAAACGGCAGCAAAGAGAAUUCAGAAGUGCGUGAACUCACGCCACCAACACAAAAUGGUGAUAAUAAUGAUUUGAUGACCGCCUCAAUGAUCGCCAGAAAUAAGAUCACAACCGAAGAGGAGGCGAAGGCUGCAUUGGCUGAACGUCGUCGUCUGGCACGUGAGGAGGCUGAGCGACAGGCCGAAUUGGAGCGUCAACGCUUGGAGGCCGAACGCCUUGCCGAACUGAAGCGUCAAGAGGAGGAGGCCGAACGCCAGCGCGCUUUCGAAGAGGAAGCCAAUCGUUUGGCUGAGGAACAACGUCGUGCCGAGGAAGAGCGUUUGCGCCAAGCUAUUGAAGAGGCAAAGCAAAAGGAAGAAGAAGAGCGUCGCAAACGUGAAGAGGAAGAGAAGCAACGCCUGCAACGCGAGGAGGCUGAAAAGAAAGCCAAGGAGGAAGCGGAGAAGCAACGCAUUGAGGUUGCCGAACGUCUUAAACGAGAGGAGAAGGAGCGCGAAGAACGACGCAAACGCGUUGAGGCGAUCAUGUCGCGCACACGUAAAGGUGCCAGUGGUGGUGGAAGCGCGACAACACCCAACUCCACGCCAGUAAAGGAAAGCACAACGCCCAAACCGGCAGCUGACAAUUUGCCACAGGAAACACAACAAGAACAAUCCUUUACUACUACAACAACAGCAGUGGCUAAUGCUGUCAGCAGCACUGAUAGUAGCUCCACAUCGGGCUCCACCACGACUGCGACCACACCAAAUCCGCCACAAAACAUUGCUGCAGUAGUGCCCACAGCUGUGGUGACCGUGUUGCCCACAAGUGACAAGGUGGAGCCGCAGAAUACGCAGGCUAUGUACGAGCAAGCUGUAAUUGACAAGGAAGCUGCGCUCAUAAACAGUUUCUCCAAUAUGCUAAUAGAUGAGAAUGCGAAAAAUCUGCAUCAACAGCAACAGCAACAACAUUUCCAGCAACCAACACAAAUUCUCGAGGUGAGCAAUGGAAAAUUGCCAAUAGACAGUGAUGUGCUAUUGCAAAAUACCACAACAGCAACAACAAUAAAUACGACUGCCGUUUCAAACGGCAACGGCCAUCACAUCGAAAAUUUAAACAACAAAAAUGAUAUCAAUAACCUGCAGGAUGCCGUAACACCAGCAACAAAUCAGUUAAUUGAUUUAAGCAUUGAGUCACAAGAUAUCAACAAUGCAGUUAACUUCAACAACAACAACAGUUUGUUAAACACAACAACCGCAACACUAGUCACUGCAGAUAGUCACGAUAAUAAAGAUAUUUCACUACUGUGAGUCUGAGCGUGCUAGCAGCCUGCAAUUAUUGGACGCGCAAACUAAAAACUGCAACAAAGAUAUAAUGCUGUACAACUAUGAGAAUUAGGAGAAAAAAAUCUAUUGAUUGUGGCGCGUUAGCGUUUAUUGAAGUUUUGUGUGUAUGUGCGACAAUUUAUGGUUACUUGACAUUUAAGGCGUAAUUAAUACGAGUUUAACUAAUUUAAAAUUAUAUAUAUAUAAUAUAGAAGAUGCAAAAAAAAUGCUAAAGCCAAGUGCAUAUUAAGAAAAUAUUAGCAAAACAAACACUGCUUAAGCUCAUUUGAUAUAUUUAAAAAAUGUGAAGGAAUGAGAAGCAAAAGCAUGAAAAAAUAAAACCUUUAAUUAGGAUAUAAAUAUUAAAACACAAUAAAUUAUGAUGAAAGGGAAAAGCAUAAAAACUACGGCAAUUGUUCCUCCCGUAACAAAAAAGAAAGCAAAAACUAAGCAUAGUUAGGAGUGAAAAUAUGAAGUAUACAUAAUCCAUUGCUUGAAAAUACAUAUGUAUAUUGUGUAUGCUAAAUCAAGCAAAACAGAAAAACGAGCAAGCGAGCAAAGAAUAUACGAUUAACUGCAUAGUACCGAAAAGCGAAAACUUUCGAAAAGAGCAACGCAUUAAAUUUAUAAAACAUUAAAACUAUUAUAAAAAACGCAUAAUUUCUGCUCCCCGUUAAGCAAAAAAUCAAAAACACCCAAAAACAGCUAUGAAAGCUUAAAAGUUUUCAUAAAAAAAUGGGAAAUUUCCAUAUUGCGCAAGUUCAAGCAGAGUUAAAAAACCUAUGCAAUACAGUCCAUUUAGCUUACAUGCAUAUUCAACCAUAUAAUGGAAGAGAUAUAUUAAGCAAGAGCGUAAAGUAACUAUUUCAGGUAACUAAGGGAACAUUGACACGAUGCGGAAGAGUAUAUAAAUUAAUUAUACCCAAUAUAUUUGCAAAUAUAUUAUACCAAAUUUAAAGCAAUCCUGUACGCAUGCGCCGACGCGCGUGCUAGCCACAGUGCUGCAUACGCUUUAUAAACUGAUUGUAGACUAUGGCUCAUGAGAGUUCUCUUUCUGCGUAAAGCAAAAGCAGUCAGCAAACGCAUAUUUGUAUUGGGCUUUAAAGUAAAACUUGGAUAUGUAUUUUCCGUCUUAUUUUAGUACUUUUUUAUAUUUAUUUCAAAUAUACCCUGUAUGCUGCAAGUGUGUUUGCCUGUGUCACGACAAUAUUUCUUAUUUGCUGUAUGCUGAGAAAUGUGCUAAUAUUUAUUGGUAAUUUUGCACUUGAAGAUAUUGAUUUAAGCCAAGGGCUAAAAAUAUGCAUCUAUAUUUCUUUCUUUAAAGAUAUAUAGGUUAAAUUUAUCUUUUAUCUAGCAAAUGCUUUACACCACCGAUCAAAUUGUUGGGUUUUUAGCUGCUUUUCUCGAUUCGCUCAUUAUAUUUUAAACAAAUUCAUGUUUUCAAAAAGGCUAAGCGCAUUAAUGAUGCGUCACUUUAAAAUAACGGUAUUAAUUCUAACUGUUGAAAUAAUCAAUUGAUUACAAUUUCGUCCUCUUAUAUGAGCAUAUUUAGUAUGGUAAAAGAAAAUAGUAGAUUUUUAGUGUUAGAAUCUGCUAAAUUGGCUUGUACCUUAGGCACCAGACACGUAAGCAGGCAACACUUGGCAGUUAUAUAGUAAGAAGCCAGUUUGGGCAGCCAGUUAAUUAUGCAAAGAAUCGGUGGCUAGACAAAAAACUGUUUAACUGAAAAGUAAAGUGGUAGACGCGCUUUAAAAUAUUAUGAAUCAAAAGAAAA